AUGAAGCAGGUGUUGGCGCGAGCAGCGGUGGAUCUACCCCCAGAGGCAGCAACGGCGUCGUUCCAUGCCAUCACCCUGCCGGAGCACUUCGAACUCGAGGAGCUGCUCGCCCUGCCCGAUGGGGUCUUUGAGCUGCAACCCGGGGCGGUGGACAAGAGUCUCACCACGCGCGAGCAGAUCACGCUGCCGGAGCCGCCGCCUCCUGUCGAUGAUGGCUACGCGUUUGGCUCGCAGUACCGCCUGGAUGAGCAAUUCGCGGUGGUGGAGGAGGGUGCGGUGAUGCGGCUGGUGGAGGAGGGCGAGGAGGACGGCGAGCCAUGGCUGCCCCGUGACGUGGCACACAAAGAGAGAGAGGGACGAGGGGCGGGGAAGGAGGGAGCGGAUGAGGGGAGGGAGGCGGAGGAGGUGGCAGAGGAGCGGGCGAGAGGGGGAGCAGGGGAGGGGGUGGCGGAGGAGGAAAGGGGCGUGGGGGCCGGUGGGUAUGAGCCUGAAGCGGGGCUGGAGGGAUAUGAGCCUGAGGAAGGACUGAUGGAGCCCAUGGAUCUAGACAUGGGGUUUGGCGCGGGGAUGGAGAUGGGUGGAGAGGGGCGAGGAGCGGUGGGGGAGGAGGCAGUGGAGGCGACGCAGCCGGUGGAGGCGGCACAGGAGGAGGGUGAGAAGCAGGAGGCGGAAGCAGCAGGGGCGGCAGGGGAAAGAGGGGAAGCAGCAGCGGGACGGGAAGCAGGAGAAGCAGGGGCAGCAGGGGCAGGAGAAGAAGCCGCGGUGGGGGCAGAGGAAGGAGCAGAGGGAGGGGCAGGGGCAGAGGCAGGGGCAGAAGGAGGGGCAGGGGAAGAAGGCGAGGAGGUACCGGAGGUGGAGGUGAGGCGAGCAGAAGCCGUGCCUGCUGACCAUGAGGCGCGCAGCCUAGAGGCUGCUGAAGCUGCUGCUGCCGCGGCCGCUGCUGGUGCUGCAGGAAAGGGGUCUGUGCCGGGCACACCAUGGGCUGAUGUGGCGGAGGAGAGGGAGGGGGAGGCGAGGAGAGGGGAAGGGGAGGCAGGGGAGGCGGGGCGCAUGGGGUUCGCCACGCCCUCUGUGGGCAUCCCAGCCAUCCCCACCCCAGAUUUUGCCCUCGCACCCACGCCCACCCCCACACCUGCACCCGCACCCGCACAUGAGGACCAGGCCGGGCCUGAACACCACGCUGCAGUUGCCGAGCCUGCUGAGGCUCCCGAGCCUGCAGACGAGGCUCGGGCUGGGCUGCCCCCGAGGCCGCCGAGGCGAGGGCAGGCGAAGAGGAAGCGAGGGGCUGCAGCAGCGGGGGAUGGUGUGGGGACAGUCUUGGACUCGCUCACUGUGCUUCCCUCUGACACCAUCCGCCAGCAGCUCAUCUCCCCGGACGACCUCGUGAGGAAGCGCCGCAGGGCCCCGCACACACCCGUCCAGCUGGCAGCGCUGCAUUGGUCCGUGGCAGGCGUGGAGGGAUUGCAUGAGCCGGCUGUAGCGCAGGCUGUAGCACCGGCUGUAGCGGGCGUGACAGAUGGAGUGGCGGCAGAUGGAAUGGCUUAUGCGUUUGCAGCAGAUGGGUUCGCACAUGGUAUGGCAGCAGCUGUAGCAGGGGCGGGAGAUGGGGGAGUGUCCGCUACAGCUGCUGCUGCUGCUGCUGCUCGAGAUGGCGGUGCUGUUGCAGAGGUGGAGGAAGGGGUGGAAGGGGAAAGGCUGGCAACACGUGGGGAGGGAGUGACUGAUGAGAUUCGCGAGGCUGGUCAGGAGACUCCUGCAGAGCCUGCUGCAGCUCAUGCUACAGGCGCCGCUGCUACAGACGCCACUGCUACACGCACUCCUGCUCAGGUUUCUCCUGAUGAAGGGGAGGGGGCGGGUUGGGUGAUGCGCCCUCACACCACCCCGGACAGUGCUGCUGCUGGGCUGGAGGGUAUGCCUGCCGUGCCCCCCACGCCCUUCACCCCCGGCUCUCCUCCCGCUCCUCUCUCCCCCGUCGCUCCUCCCUCUCCUGCUGCAAGUGGCGAGGGAGUGGCAGCAGGCGCAGAGGCAGAGGCAGAGGCAGCAAGUGGUGCAGAAACAGCAGCAGGAGGCGCAGAGGCAGGCGCAGAGGCAGGCGCAGAGGCAGCGCCUGAGCCCUUCCCUGCUGCUGGCGUCACACCGUCCACAGAGCCCUACUUCCCCCCAAUGGAUGCUGCUGGGCUCAUGGAAGCACCGGAGGAGGAGGGGGCAUCGGAGGAGGAACUAGAGGGAAGCGGAGGCGAGGCAGUGGCAGAGGAUAGAGGGAGGGAGGCGGCAGCAGCAGAGGGGAGGGGGAGAGAGGCCACUCUAGCCGCGUCUGUGCUUUUCUGUGGUUCACAUUUAACAUGGUGGGUGUCUGCCGCUGUGGUAUUUCCUUCCCUCCUUCCCUCUUUCCCUCCUUCCCUUCUUCCCCUCUUCUCCCGGAUUCUGUGUGUGCAGCUGCAUGUGUCAGAAGAGAGUUUCUACUUCCUCAGAGAUGGAGGCGACAAAGAGGUGGACGAGUGGGACCCGAUGGGAUCAGGCAAGCGCAAGGCAGCAGCAGCAGAGGGACCCACAGAUGACUUUUCCAGCUGGAGCUGGCGCACCAGAGGAGCCGCCAAGUUUCUGCAGCACUCGUUGACUGCUCUGGCGGAGCAGCAGGCACUGGCGGGCGAUGGAAGGGGAGCAGCAGCAGCAGGAGGAGCAGUGGGGACGGAGGAAUCGGCGGGGGUUGAUUCGGCGCGAUCGCAGCCGUCCGUGUGGCUGCUGGCGGUGGUGAAGGGACGGCCGAGACGAGAGGCUGCUCGGAUGUUCUUUGAGACCCUCGUGCUGAAGACGAGGGACUUCAUUCAAGUGCAGCAGACAGAGCCGUAUGGCGACAUCAGCAUCACAGCGCAGGAUCCCCUCAUGCAAGCCGCCCUCUGA